AAGAAAUAAUAACGUUCAAUUUUAUUUGUUGUUCAUCAUUACAUGAUUUUUUAUUAUUAUUAUAAGAUAGAGAAAAAGGACUCUAUAGUUCCACGUUUGCCAAGAUGCAUUUCUAGAGAUUGUGAUUUAAUCGGAAGAAAAGAUAGUGAUUUCAGUGAACAUUCAAUAGAGAACUGGAAUAAAAUCUCUGCAACUCAGGAAACACUUUUUUGAAAUAUCAUUAUGAAAGAUUAUCGAUUCUUUGUAAAACUUUUAAAAAAAUUCCAAGGAUGAGACUCUGCUUCCCCAUUGGCGCUGCCACUACUUGAAUAUUUCCUCCAGUGCAUUCAUGUUGCAGCAAAUUUAUAUUUUCGAAUUUUCACUUGAAAUUUUACCCAAAUAAAGAUUUCAAUUAGAAUUGUUUGUAAUAAAAAUUUCAGACUUUUUGAAAAGCCUUUCCGAGUUAUGAAACUUGUAAGCAAGGCAUGUUAUAUUCACUAUUCAUAGGAAAGAGUAUCCGAAAAAUUUCAAAAUUUUUUAUGUCAACUAUUCUAGCUGAGAUCUUUAUAUGGGUAAAGUUUAAAGUCUAAACUCGAAUAUGCGAGUUCGCUGCCAAAAGUAAGGCUCUACAGAAAAUAUGUAUACAAAGGUGAGGUACUUCUUGAGCAUUCAAUAGUUCAUGGGAGUCUACACAAUGAUCUACGAAUGUUCUCUCGGAAAUCUUUUUAUAGUUAUAUCAAAUUUCAGUUUUAACAAUAAUAUGAUAGUUCUAUUAUAUGCUAGCCUCAAGUAGAUCGUUCUCGACCGUAGAUUCCUACCUGCGUGGCUAAAAAAAACGAAAUCAAUAUAUUCCCUAGAGGGUGUGGGUGUGUGGGGGUGUCGGUGUAGGUGUGGAAGUGCAUUGGGAUAUAGCUAGAUACAGCCACACCCACCCACACCCACACCCACCCCACACCCUCUAGACCAAUUUCGUGCUUGAUCUUAGACAGUCAAACGAUCAAUCGAUUUGUUUCAUCUAGAACAAAAUGCCAUAGCCCAUGCUUCAAAACGGUGAAAAAACCAGGAUGAUAUCUUUUGUUGUUUGAGAGUAACAAAGAAUUUAAAAUAGCUAGCUACUUUUCAGACACCCUGUAUAUACUAACUCUAUUUUGGACUUAGUUACAAUAUUUUUUCAGAUAAACUUUAAUUCGACCUAAAAAAAAUUUCGAAAAUGGAUAAUGAACUCAAUUGAUAUUAUAUUAAAAUUCGAACUAUUUUGGAAAUAGAUGCAAAGACAAUCCAUGAAGAACUUGCAACAGCUUUGGGACCCAAUGCUCCAUCAUAUCAAACAGUUGCAAGGUGGGCAAAACGUUUCCGUGAAGGAAAAGAAGAUGUCAAUGAUGAUUCUCGAUCUGGUCGUCCAGUUUCCGUGCUUACAGAUGAAAAUAUUGAAUUAGUACGAUAG